CGUGAUCGCAUUUUAACUGCGCACCGGGUUUGUUUACACGCGGCAGCCAUGGCAAUCAGACUCGGUAGUGAACAACACCGCCAGCGGACUGCUGUUAUCACAACAUGCUUUGAUAUUUCGCUUGCAUAUUGAAUAUAUUUUCAUGAUGCAGCGCUCAGAGGAAGAGAGGUUUUAUAUGACGUGCAGGGCUGCUUAUCUGUCUGUGUUCAGAUCCAGUCUGGUUAAUAUGACUUCAAAAGAUCAGCUGUGCUCCGUCCUUCAGCAAGCAGGUAGAAAUCCAUCACAGAAAGCUUUAGACAAAUAUUGGCCACCAGGAACCAAGAAGCUGCAUUUUGAUGACUUUUGUGAGAUACUUAAGAAGGAAAAAGCAGCAGAACCAGACCAGCUUAUGAGAAUUUUCAAGAAAUUUGAUGCAAAUUGUGAUGGAUAUAUCUCUCACGAAGAGCUCAGCAGAAUCCUUACUUCCUCUGGUGAAAAAAUGUUGCCUAAGGAAGUGGAUGAAAUAUUUUCCUUAGCAGAUGUCAACAAAGAUGGGAAGUUAGACUAUGCAGAGUUCUGCAGGCUUCUCGAGUCUACAGUAGAACAGUGUCAGAACGCAGCACUGGAGAAGCUUGAGGCUGAUGCCAAACUGAAGAGGCAGAACUUUGGCAACCAGAUGGACAACUCCCCACAGAGCCUAGAGUCCCAACCUGAGCUUCCAGCCUCAGAGACACAGCCCAGAACAGAGCCGGAAACCACACAGAGGAAAGACAGUCGCUCAUCAUCCAGACCAUCAUCAGCUCGCAGUCGUCGGUCAUCUUUAUCCACGGCCAUCACCAUGGGCGCUGGUAGCACUAAGAGUGGCAGACUGGCAGAGCCCAAAUCUCUACAGGAUUGGCAUCACACUCUUAUGAGAGGUUGUUUUUAUCUGGAGGAAGAUGGAACGAUUGUUUCUCUUCAGUAUCGCCUGAUUAUACCAGAGACUAUCAGCGUCUACCUGACCAUACGUCCCCUCAACCUUAGCCCAAUUCCUGAUAAGCCUUCACCGUGGAUGUGUGUGGACUCAGCUCUCUAUGUGGUGAUGGGGAAUGAGACCAAAGAAGAUUCAAAUUUGGUUUGCUUUACUGAGUUGAGGGAUAAGGAGGUUGAGAACUUUGACACAAGGAAAAAUGAGUUAACCAGACAAGGCUUCCUGGAGCUCAACCUGAUGGAAGCGAAUGAUCGGGAAGGUGACCCCAGAGAUUUGUGGCUCACCCUGGAGGCCAUGGGCUACAACCGCAGUUUAGAGAUGGUGGAGGCCUGUCCGUUUGUCAUUGCAGUCUACUGUGAAGAUGUAAAGGCAACUCUUCAGGCAGUUCAUUUGGAUUCUGGUAUCAAGAUGUUGAAUUCUGCUGUACAGAGGUCUAUCACGUCAAAAGCAGAGGCCAGAUCUCUCAAGGGUCACGAGAAUGUCUUGGUUUAUACAUACAAAGGAGAGAGCAGGAUUUCAUCAGUCAUUGCCAAUAAGUCCAAUCAGAAGGUGACGGUGCACAUCAACAAUGAACAAAACAAGAACUGUGUGAGCAGCAGGGGCAUGAGUGUGUUUGCUGUGGAGGUUCCUGCUAGGACUAAAAUGGUAUGUCAGCACGUCAUGGCUUUAAAUGAACAACAGGAGUGGACUUACAACUGUGUUGAGACCAUCAUACCAAGUUUGUAAAUGUCUCAGUAAUGUUUUUACUAUGAACUUAACAAAUUUAGUAUGAGACAACAGUUAUAUAUAGUGCUUGUAAAAUAAAUAACAUAAUUUUGUUUGCUACA